AUGGCAAUAGCUCGUUCUGUAGCAAUUAUUGGUGGAGGAAUAGGUGGUUUGACAGUGGCCAAUACUUUAAUGCGUGUAGGAAUGUCUGUCUCAUUAUAUGAACGUGCCCCUUAUUUUAUUCCAACGGUCGGUGCUGGAUUUGGCCUUCAACCAAACGGACAAGCAGUACUCGCACACAUUGGCUUUAAAGAAAAACUUGAACAAAUCACGCAUCCCUUUCUUAUAUGGCAGUUUAUUAAUGGCAAUGGUGAUAUGAUUCGUUCAUCAAAUAGACUUGCUAGUUUUGGUAAACGGUUUGGUUUCUUUGUCGGAGGUACUGUUCGUGCAGAACUUGUUGAUAUAUUGAAAGCACCCAUAGAAGCAUGUGGUAAUUUACACUAUAAUCAUAAUGUUAUCAAUAUUACACAAGAUUCUGAUGGUGUAACGAUUUAUUUCGAAAAUGAAAAACAGAAAAACUCAAUUCGUGUAGACAUGGUCGUGGGAGCCGAUGGUAUUCGUUCAACAGUUGUUAAAAAAAUAUUUCCACAAACUCCUCCACCAAUCUAUACGAAAGAAAAUAUAUUCUAUGGUGUAAUAGACAAUAUCGAUCAGCAAAUAUCUGUUAAUUCGUCAAUUAGAGCUAAGAACACAUUAACACAAUACUUUGAUCGUGGUGAAUUUGCAGCCUAUCGAAUUGGUCAGCACGGAGAAAUUAUGUGGGCAGCCACCUAUCCAUCUGAUGCACCUCCAUCUACCAGUGGAGAUAUCGAAUGGACAGAAAUAAAUAAUAAACUAGAAUUAGAUAACGUAUUAAGAAGAUUUCCUAAAAAAACAUCCUAUCCAUGA